CAUUUAUUCCUGGUAAACAAGGUUAUGAUGUGACAAAAUUUUCUUCCCCACCUCCACCGAAAAAAUCAAAUAAAAAAAAGGCGAAAUUAGCAGCAAAAUUAAAAGAUAAGAUAGAAAAGGUACAAGGAGCAGAAAAUCCAGCAACAGAACAAGAAACGACAUCAAUUAAAGAAUUUGACUUGGUCAAUUCAAAGAAAAAAGAUAAGGUUCAACAAUAUAAAGAGGAAUCCAUUAAAGAAAUUCAUUUAGCCUUUUGUACUGAUGAAUAUCGCGCAAUGAAAAGAGAAAAUGCUCUUAAAAAUUACCAUAAACGUGAAUCAGAAAAACGUAGGGAGAGAAGACUAAAUCUAUUAACUUUAUACUAUAAUUCCUCAGAUUUUGUUACUCUAAAUAAUUUGGAUUUAAAGAUUGCCGAUAUGUAUAAUGACAUAAGACAACCCUUUACAACAACCCUUGAAGAUAUGCAAAUUGAUUAUCAGGAGGGUGGUGGAAUAAUUGAUGAUUUAGAGCUUAAAAGAAGAUUGGACAGAAUUAAAGAUACUUUAAGUGGUACCGCUCAAGGCGGAAAACAAAAACUCGGUUUGGAUAAAAUCGAAGAAUAUGCGAUCAAAUUGCAACAAGAUCAAGAAAUGUCAGAGACAAAUAGCGUGGAAUCUUUAUUCACAGAGACAAAUAGCGUGGAAUUUUUAAGCACAGAGACAAGUAACGUGGAACCUUUAAGUACAGAGAAAAAUAGCGUGGAACCUUUAAGUUCAAAGAAAAAUAGCGUGGAACCUUUAAGUUCAGAGAGAAAUGGCGCGGAAUCUUUUAGUAAAGAGACAAUUAGCGUGGAACCUUAUAUGCAAUCAAAAUCAUUAGAUUCUUAA